GAGUGGAAAUUUCCACUCGAAGCAUUCGAACCACAGGUGGAGACUGCUUUUAGAGAAGGAGAUGAAUAAAGAUCUGAGAGAUAUUAUGGAAAAGAGAAUAUUGGGGCCUGUGAUACUCCCCAUCCCUAAAUGCAAAACUUGUAGCUCCUCCGGAAACGAUAUGAUGCUUGACAGCGAUGUCAGUUGGGUACCCGCGCCAAUACUCGACAUUGUGAUGGUCAGUUUGGCUUUGUCGAACCCUUUGGUCGAAAUAGGCACCCGCGAUGAAUUCAUCCAACCCAGGAUGCGAUCUCCCGCAGAGUUCAUUAGCUUGAUAGGGUUGCGGACAUUAUCGUAUACGGAGCUUGCGAGUAUCCAAUCAUCACCUGGUACUACAUUGACCAAGGCCUUCCAUGUACGACAUACGAGUCCAAGGUCUCUGCGACGUCUUGCUUUCAGCCUCAUUCCAUCGUGGUUAUUGAGUGUAUCCAUAGCAAGACGAAGGGCAAGACGUAUAAUAUCUAGCCAAAGUUCGUUGGGUAGUGACAUAGGGGAGUGUUUUCGGGAGCUCAAAACUAGAGAACCACGUUCGUCCCUCGUAGAAGUUGACGCCAAGGUUCGAGACCGGGUGGAGGUGGAGGUCGGAUUUUGGGUUCACCAGGCAAGCUGGGAUUCCAAUCAAUGUACACGGCUUGCCCUCUACCAUGGCCGAGCUGCCAGACGAAACCCAUCAAAACCGUUAGCAACACCCAUUUCGCCGGGGACGGUUUGGACAUUCUUGGAAAUCGGGGAUCUUCACAUGGUUGCGUUUUAUAAUACCCUCAAAACUGGUACCUGUAGAAAUCAUCACGGAGCCCACUGGAUGGAAUUAAGAAACUCGGGUCGUCGAUGCGAUGCCCGGCUACCGGAUCAAACCUUCUUCUCUUUCUCCCGUACACAACUUCAGGAUAAACCCAUUUUCAGGCGGGCUUCCCAAAUUCCCCGCUUUUAUAAUACUCUCAUUAUUGUGGAUAGACCGAGCUUCUCCCAGAGGGAUUUAUCAAACCCCCGAGAUUUAUUGACUCCAUUAUCUAAAGUUCUCCGAAUCCCCAAUCCGCAUUCAUUGCAGAAGCGAAAGU